AUGAAUACCGCUGUUUCUUUUGUUGCUUCUGCACCAAUUACACCCCCGCCUACUCCUCCAAGAGCUACUACUUUACUUGAUAAAAACUCAUCAAAUGGUUCUAGAACAUCACCGCUACUUUCUCCCACAAUGUCACCGGUUCUUCCUGCUGAGGAAUCAGACUCGACCAACUUUAUAAAUCAGUUUCCGCAACUUGAUAUUGACCAUGAUAUGGCGGAUACUAAUCAAAUGUCACUAGAAUCUCCUUUAACACCAGAUUCACAUAUGGCUACUCAAGAUGAUAAAGAUUUAUUAGAGCAUUCUAAAGGGAGCUGUAUAGAAAAUAAGAGUUUGUCUACUGAUCACACAGAACAAAGACUAUUGAAUGAAAAAGAAAGCAGGCUUGACUCGGGCCAACAGAUACCAAAUUUUGGGAUAUGGGACUAUUUAAAAGAUGAAAUUACUGCUUUGGAUUUUGAACCCUCGGAGGAAAUUACCACCGAGAGGGUUACAAACUUUUUGACAAUACCAAUAGCGAUAGAAAAGCUGAUGAUAUUUGGGGUGUGUUUGUGUCUGGAUUCAUUUUUAUACACGUUUACUUUUCUCCCAUUAAGAUUCAUUAUUGCUUCGUAUACUUUAUUUAUGGGAUUUUUCAAACGUUUAAAAAAUGGGACAACAGAAAGUUUGACUUUGUCGCAACAAUGUGACUUAUUGAAAGGAUUACUAGUUAUUUUUGUUUGUCUUGCCCUUCAACGAGUUGAUGCAUCCCAAAUGUAUCAUUCGAUUCGAGGCCAGGCGGUAAUAAAAUUAUAUGUUAUUUUUAAUGUUCUUGAGAUUCUUGAUCGACUUUGUUGUUCUUUUGGCAAUGACAUCCUGGACGCAUUAUCUUGCAAAUCCACUUUGGCGGGUCUAUCGCUUAAUAUGGCUCAUACGAUGAUUAUGAGUUAUCAAGUGAUCACAUUAAAUGUUGCCAUAAAUUCAUACUCAAAUGCAUUGCUUACAUUAUUGGUAUCAAAUCAAUUUAUCGAAAUUAAAAGUUCGGUGUUUAAAAAAUUCGAAAAAGAGAAUUUGUUUCAGUUGAGCUGUGCAGAUAUUGUAGAAAGAUUCCAACUUGCACUCUUUCUCACCAUAAUAACAGUUCGAAAUCUCAUCGAACUUUCUGGAUCACCGCCAUCGACAUCCUCCAAUCUGCCAACCUCAUUUUUCCCAUUGUUUCCAAAAAUGACCACAAUCGAAACACUGUUAACACCUGUUUUUAUUGUGAUGGCUUCUGAGCUACUUGUCGACUGGUUGAAACACGCGUUCAUCACAAAAUUUAAUCAGAUCCGACCGAGUGUUUAUGAUAAGUUUGUAGAUGUACUUUGUCGCGAUGUGAUUAUUGAAAAGCAUAAUAGAAGGAAUACUGUUGAUAGAUCUCCGAAUGUAGCUCGAAGAAUUGGAUUCGCUCCUCUGCCAUUGGCAUGUUUGAUGAUUACCGUGGCUACUCAGACUAUUACCAUGAUCAAUGACUGGUGUUUCGACAUGGAUGACGAUGAUCUUAACAAUGUGCCUAUUGCAGUAUUUUCGCGUAGUUCAUGGAUCGCAUGUGGAUCUACUUUUUUCUGCGUUCUCGUAAUUCUUAAAAUCCUUAUUGGCAAAAAAUUGCUAAUCUUUUCAAAUCUGCGUGAGGCGACCCGAAAAAAUCGGCCACAAGAUGACGAGCAUCAUAUAGAACAGAAAAUCACAGAGGAAACAAUGGAAAAGCAACAAAUACUGAACGAUCCUCAAGACAAUUUUGCAGGCCAAGAAAAACCCAAAAUAACAUUUGACAAUAUCGAACGAUACAUGAUAUUUAAAAGUCGAAUUCCAUAA